CUCAACGGUCUUCAUUUCUUUCGCGCAGCUAGAAUUGCAGAAUGAAGGAGGUGAAGAGCGAGCGGGAGCGGGGGAGCCGGCGAAGGCACCGGGACGGGGACAUGGUGGCGGCGGCGGCGACGGUAGUGGUGAAGCAAGAGCGCCUCAGCCCGGAAGCCGCGCCUCCCGCCCACCGGCGUCCGGACUUCUCCGGCAGUAGCCCGUCCCCGCCGGCCGGCGAGCCGGGCCGCCCUGGCCACCGCGGGAACCGAGCCCGAGGAGUUAGCCGGUCCCCAGCCAAAAAGAAAAAUAAGUCCUCAGGGAGAAGAAGCAAGUCUCCGCGGAGUAAGAGAAGCCGAAGUCCUCACCACUCAACAAUCAAAGUGAAGCAGGAACGUGAGGAUCAUCCUCGAAGAGGACGGGAGGAUCGGCAGCACCGGGAGCCAUCAGAACAAGAACACAGGAGAGCUAGGAACAGUGACCGAGAGAGACACCGGAGCCAUUCCCACCAAAGGAGAACCUCUAAAGAAAGGCCUGGGAGUGGGCAGGCUCAGGGGCGGAAUCGAGACGUUCAGAACCUACAGGGUCAGGAAGAAGAGCAGGAGUUUUAUAACACCAGACGCCGGGAACACCGCCAGAAGAACGAAGUUGGUCGUAGUGGUAAUGAGUCUCAGGAGUUGCUUCCUCGACCUGGUGGCAACAAUAAAGAAAAAGAGGUGCCCGCUAAGGAGAAACCAAGCUUUGAACUUUCUGGGGCACUUCUUGAGGACACUAACACCUUUAGGGGUGUAGUCAUUAAAUAUAGUGAGCCGCCAGAAGCACGUAUCCCCAAAAAACGAUGGCGUCUCUACCCCUUUAAAAAUGAUGAGGUACUUCCAGUCAUGUACAUCCAUCGACAAAGCGCAUACCUCCUAGGUCGACACCGCCGCAUUGCAGACAUUCCAAUUGAUCAUCCCUCCUGUUCAAAGCAGCACGCAGUCUUUCAGUAUCGGCUUGUCGAAUACACCCGUGCUGAUGGCACAGUUGGCCGAAGAGUGAAGCCCUACAUUAUUGACCUUGGCUCAGGCAAUGGAACCUUCUUGAACAACAAACGUAUUGAGCCACAGAGAUACUAUGAACUGAAAGAAAAGGAUGUACUUAAAUUUGGGUUCAGUAGCAGGGAGUAUGUCUUACUCCAUGAGUCAUCGGACACUUCUGAAUUAGACAGAAAAGAAGAUGAGGAUGACUAUGAGGAGGAGGAAGUGUCUGACAGCUAGCAAACUAAGAAACAAACUAUUGAGACACCUUUUCCUUCUUGGAAGGCUUUGGGAUUGACUCAAAGGGCACUGUGGUGCUCUCUGUAAUGCCUCUUAUUGCCUUAAGUCUUUCCUCUGUUGCUGAUCAGCUAUGUUACAAUUUAAAAACACUGACUUCUGUUUUGUUGAACUUUUUUCCAUGGCACAUAAGCCACAUGCCUGUGGGCAUUUGUUUCAGAAUAGUCUCACCAGUUAUAACACAUCGUGUUUUAGUAAAAGCAUUGUGGCUUUAGUUGGUGCUUUCAGAGCUGCUGCCUAGGAAGCUAUAAACCCUUGGUUAAAGGAGAAUCGUGGCUUGUUCUCUGUACAGUUAUUUUAUUUAUAUUGUUGUUAAGCUUUGUGGACCAGGUGUUUUCGUUUUGGGGGCAAACCCCUGAGCAGAGAAUCUUGCUAAGCUUUGGCGAUCACCAAAACAGCCUCCGAUAUAUACCAAAGCUUUGACCUGGUUGAGCUCUUGAGUCACAGAAGUUGAUUUUGCACUUAGUUCUUGGGGGUGGGAAUUUACUACAUGACCUCAUUAUUGACUGUUUAACUUAAACAGAUGCUUUAUGGCAUCUGCUUAAGCAUAUGACAUAUAGGAAGAUCAUGGCUGCUCCCAAUGGGUGCUGAUUGAAUGUCACAGGAGGAUGAAAUUGGUUGUGGAUCUGUUUCCUAUGAGAGAAUUCCUGAUUUCUCCAUUAAGCUUGUACAUAACAAUUUUGAUCAUCUUAUCUCUUCAAUUUUGCAUUUUUAUUCAAAUGUUAUCUCCUUUUUUUUUCUUUGGGAAAUAAACUGUCACGUAGCAGGGUCCUUGCUUUAUUCUAACAACAUAUGUACAUGUUUAAAGGAGGUUGUGUAGUUUACAUGUUUCUACACAUUUCAUCUUUAAAAUUCAGAGAGGUUAUAUUUACCUUCUCAAGGCUGGAAAGCAGAGGAAUUGCUCAGUUUCCCAAUUUUCCACCAGAAUAAUAUGUGUAAGUAGGAAAGUAUUAACUACUCACAUACAGUACAUUUGUAUAUAUAUAAAUUGUGUGUUAAAGAGCUGCAUACUGAUUUUCAUAUGUUUGUGAUGUAAAUGUAAUACUACGUGAUAGGCAAAGGCCUCCCUGCAUUUGAGGAGCAGGUUUUCAUUUAUAUGUAUUUUUGGGAUAAAAAAUAAUAAAAUUUGUACAUACA